UCUCGCCGUCCGCCUAGCCCCGCCCGCCCCUCUCCGUCCCCCGGUUGUCAGGGCAACCCAAGAGACGCCCGCCGAGGACAGGCGUUAGGAGGGCGGCGCCGCCAGGGCUGGGCCCGAGGGGCCCCGGGAGCAGCUGACCAUGGAGCCCAAGAAAAUCGUGCCACUCCUAAGGCCCCAUCCUCCUGUUGUGGGCAAGGUGACUCAUCACAGCAUCGAACUGUACUGGGAUCUGGAAAAGAGAGAGAAACGGCAAGGACCACAGGAGCAGUGGCUUAGGUUCUCCAUUGAAGAGGAGGACCCCAAGAUGCACAACUACGGUGUCAUUUACACAGGCUACGCAACAAAGCAUGUGGUUGAAGGCCUAGAACCAAGGACGCUGUACAGAUUUCGACUGAAAGUCACCAGCCCCUCUGGAGAAUACGAGUACAGCCCAGUCGUCUCGGUGGCUACGACCCGGGAGCCCAUAAGUAGCGAACACUUUCAUCGUGCAGUCAAUGUGAACGAUGAAGAUCUCCUGCUUCGAAUUUUGGAAGGAGGCCAUGUCAUGGUUGAUGUGCCCAACAAGUUUGGUUUUACCGCUCUCAUGGUUGCUGCUCAGAAAGGCUACACCAGGCUUGUGAAGAUCCUAAUUUCCAAUGGCACAGAUGUGAAUCUGAAGAACGGAAGUGGCAAGGACAGUCUCAUGCUUGCAUGCUAUGCGGGGCACCUGGAUGUUGUCAAAUACCUCCGAAAACAUGGAGCUUCUUGGGAUGCUAGAGACCUCGGAGGCUGCACAGCGCUGCACUGGGCUGCAGAUGGAGGCCAUUGCCCUGUGAUUGACUGGAUGAUAAAGGACGGCUGUGAGGUAGAUGUUGUGGACACUGGUUCAGGAUGGACGCCACUCAUGAGAGUCUCUGCUGUGACAGGAAGCCAGAAGGUGGCCUCACUCCUCAUCGAGGCUGGGGCUGACGUGAACGUGAGGGACAAAGAUGGAAAGACUCCUCUCAUGGUCGCUGUCUUAAAUAAUCACGAACAGUUAGUUCAGCUACUUCUUGACAAAGGGGCAGAUGCAACAGUGAAAAACGAGUUUGGCAAAGGUGUCCUAGAAAUGGCCAGAGUUUUUGACAGACAGGUGAGGACUUCCCUCCUGGCUAUCAAAACUGAUUUUGUAGUUCUUUCAGAUUCACAGAACCUGCCAAAACCUUGAAGAACAGCUACCUGUUGGUUGUGUUUUUUCUAGAAUGUGCUUUCCUUACUAGAAGAAAGGAAAAAAAAGAUGCCAAGGAAGUCCUCUGUCCACUGAACAGGGCAGACCUGAUGGAGCGUCUGACGGACCGACCUGAGCGAAGAGCAAACUGCGACCACCGGGCUGAACUCAUGACGUGUAGCAUCUCUGAGGAUGAGAUGUUUAUUUAUUUAGUUGAAGAUUCACAGUGACUUUUAUGUAAUGGGCAACUCUUCCCACAUUGAAAUACAUCUUUUUACCUAA